AUGGAUCCUAUAGCUGCUUCAAACAUGCUUUAUAUGGAUUGUGACGAAGAUCUUAUCGAAAUGUAUGGACCAAUGAAACUAUAAAAUGCUAGAUUAAUCUUGAUCCCUCUUAACGAUAAUAAUAACCCCUAGCGUUAAAAUGGUGGAUCUCACUGGGCAUUAAUGAUAUUUAUGAGAGACUCAGAAACUGAUGAGAUUAGUUAUUAGUAUAUUGACUCAGCUGGUGGAAGUGGUUUAACUGAGAGAUUUUCCAACUUAGAAUAAUUCCUAUGA